UGGUUGUUGUACUCAAAGUCGUCAAGCUGGAAAAUCCGUCCGACAGCGAACACACCCGCCUGUAGGAACACGACGACUUAUCCACACGCUCCGAGGGCCUAUUUUGGAUUUUAAUUCCUGCGCAGUUCUCUCAAAAAGCCGAUAAAGAAAGAAAAUGAGCAAACUCGCCAAAUUAUUCAAGAGCAGCCCGAGCUCAUCGAGUUCUUCGAGGUCAGGACAGCACCGGGGACGUUCAGGAGGACCUUCUCCUCAGGAGGCCAUCAACAAACUCCGAGAAACUGAGGAAAUGUUGACCAAGAAACAGGAGUACCUGGAGAAGAGAAUCGAGCAGGAACUCCUCACCGCCAAGAGGCACGGCACCAAAAACAAGAAGGCCGCCUUGCAGGCCUUGAAGAGGAAGAAGCGUUUGGAGCAGCAGCUCACCCAGAUCGAUGGCACUCUGUCCACCAUCGAGUUCCAGAGGGAAGCUCUGGAGAACUCGCACACCAACACGGAGGUCCUGAAGAAUAUGGGCUAUGCUGCCAGCGCAAUGAAGAAGGUCCACGAUAACAUGGAUAUUAAUAAGAUAGAUGAUCUGAUGCAGGACAUCACAGAGCAGCAGGAUGUGGCCCAGGAGAUCAGCGAGGCAAUCUCUAGACCUUAUGGAGACAUGGUGGAUGAGGAUGAGCUUUUGGCAGAGUUGGAAGAGUUGGAGCGGGAGGAUCUGGAGAAAAACAUGUUGGACAUGCCCAGCGUUCCCACCAUCAAGCUGCCUUCAGCACAUCCAAGUCAUCCAAGUCACCGUGCAACUACCAAGAAAAGGGUUGAGGAUGAUGACGACAUGCGUAUGCUGGCUUCGUGGGCAAAUUGAUUCCAUGAAGGCCGUCUUUCUGUGAUUGAAAGCAGCAUUCACAAUCUACAUGAAUAUUUUUAAGCCUUUUCUAUUUUGUGGGGUUUCUUUAGGGAAAAUGGACAUUUUAUUGUGUUGUAACAACCUUUGUUUAGAAUUUUAUAAUGCUAGUUUUAAAGUUAAUUAUUUUUUUCUUCAAGAAAGUAAAAAUCUAAGACAAGCAAUUAUGAAAUUACACCUGUGGACUUAUUGUUGCGUGUCUUCAUUUUUUUUUUUUUCUGUCUUCACUUGCCUUUUAUUCUGGAACCAUUGUUACCUGGCUCCCUCAGAGUCUACUAUACAGAUGUAAUCAACAUUAUGAGCAUGCUGUUUUUAUCUGCUCUUACCAUUGGAAAAAGUGUAUUAUUGUAUUUAAUACAGCUGUAAAUAAACUCAGAUUUAUAUUAA